GGUGCUACUAUUAAAACCGACGAAGAAUCGGGUAAAAUUAUAAUAGCUCGAAUUAUGCAUGGUGGUGCGGCUGAUCGCUCGGGACUUAUACAUGUCGGCGAUGAGGUCAUAGAGGUCAAUGGUAUUAAUGUUGAGGGUAAAACACCGGGAGAUGUGCUAAGUAUACUGCAAAAUUCGGAAGGCACCAUUACAUUUAAGUUGGUUCCCUCCGAUGGCCGAGGCGCCCAACGUGAAUCGAAAGUACGUGUCCGCGCACAUUUCGAUUAUAAUCCUGAAGUCGAUCCCUACAUACCGUGUAAAGAAGCUGGCUUAGCAUUUCAGCGUGGUGAUAUUUUGCACAUCGUAUCACAGGAUGAUUCAUACUGGUGGCAAGCUCGUCGCGAAUCUGAGCGUACAGCUCGUGCCGGUCUAAUUCCCAGUCGUGCCUUGCAAGAAAGACGUAUUAUACACGAACGGACGCAACGUGAAAUUGGCGAUGGUGAAUCGAAAAAGGGUUCAUGUACCUCCAUAUGUUCCACACCGCCUGGUUCACCUAGAUUACGUUCUAGCAGUAGUACCUCAUCGUGUCGACAACCGAAAACUAAAAAAAUCAUGUACGAUUUAACAGAGAACGACGACUUCGAUCGGGAGCUGAUUGCCACCUAUGAAGAAGUAGCCAAACUAUAUCCACGUCCAGGCAUUUAUAGACCGGUGGUAUUAAUUGGGGCGCCCGGCGUCGGACGCAACGAGCUGAGGAGACGUUUAAUCGCUCGUGAUCCUGAGAAAUAUCGUAGUCCAGUACCAUAUACCACACGUCCCAUGCGCACCGGUGAGGUGGCCGGUCGUGAAUACAUUUUCGUUAGCCGCGAAAAAAUGGAAGCCGACAUUGAGGCUGGCAAAUUCAUUGAACACGGUGAAUACAAGGGCCAUUUGUAUGGCACCUCAGCGGAAAGUGUCAAAUCAAUAGUCAAUGCCGGCUGUGUUUGUCUGCUGAGUCCCCAUUAUCAAGCGAUUAAGGCCUUGCGAACAGUACAACUGAAACCCUUCCUUAUACACAUUAAACCACCGGAAUUCGAUGAACUGAAGAAGACUCGUACAGAUUCGAGAGCCAAAUCGACAUUUGAUGAAUCGAAUGCAAGAGGUUUUACGGAUGAAGAAUUCAAUGACAUGAUUAAAUCAUCGAUUCGCAUCGAUUUCCUCUAUGGCCACUUUUUCGAUGAAGAAAUUAUCAAUGCCGAUUUGGUGACAGCAUUCGAAAAGCUUGUAAAUAUCGUGCAAAGAGUUGAAACGGAACCGUUGUGGGCACCCUCAUCCUGGGUGCAAUAAGAUCU